AUGUUUACAUCCGUGAUUUUCGAAUUCAGUUUCGCCAAUGGGAAAACCCAGGCAGAGCAAGAUCAAAUCCGCCCUGUGCCAAAUUCAUCGCUCUACAAAAUUGCACAUUCUGGUACCUGGUUUAACCACCAGAAGGGCCUUCUUAACCAGGAUGAGUGCCACCAAGCUUUAGCAAAAAAGCUGGGCCUCACCCUCUCGGAACUACUCUACGCUAUUAAAGCCAUGCCACAACCGUCCCUUCCAAUCGGUGCGAUUACCCUGCAGGACAAAUUCCCAGAUAUGAGAUUCUUUGCCGUUGGUAAUGCCUCCGGGGAUCAACUGGAUGCAUUACAGGCACAUCCACGUCGAGACAAGAAACCUACGCUUCCUAUAAUCACUUCCUGUCAGCUCGGCGAACGUCUGCCACAUGCAGGGUUCAUUAGGAAACUGGUUAUAGCUGGUCAGCUAAAACCAUCUGAUACUCUCUACGUUACUCAAAAUCUGGAACAUGCAGCAGCAGCACAACUUGGCGGCUUUCAAACUAUGGUGUAUAAGAGCGAGGUUCAGUGUGCGACUGGAGUUCGAAAGCUUUGUUCAAACCCAAUACAAAGCGGCCUGUCGUUUCUGAAGCAUCAUGCGAAAUGUUUGGAUUUACAGACAAGUGAGGGUGAAGGACUGAAAGAUGCCUGUUGCCAACUCCAUAUCAUGGAAGCUCUUGGUGAUGAAAGCCUGGUCUACCUACCUGGUAGCUCACCACCGUUCACUUGGCUUUACGAUGAUUCAGUUCGCAAAGUGCCGGUUUACUCCAAACCGCCAUGCGUGGACCACAACUCCAUCGCGUUGUCCGUCCUCAAGGAUGUCACUAUGGACCAGCGACAUGAUAUUAUGGACCAGAUGCUGCAGCUGCGGGACUCAGAGGGAAUCAUGCAAGUAUAUUUCUCAGAUGAGUUGAUACGACUGGACUUCGCCAUUGCUAUUAACGCUCUAGCGCUCUUUCAUGAAUUUGGAAGGGGUGAGCAGCUUCGAGAAACAGAAGAAUGGGUCUUCAAUAUGCUGAAAACUCGUGCCCACAAAUAUUCUUCUCACUACUACACCACCCCUGAUCUUAUAUUGUUCUUCGUGUCCCGAAUGCUCCAGAAGGCACAGAGCCUACGACCUAGGUUUCUGGGUCUUCUUCGCGAGUGCAUCCUGGAAAGGAAAGAAGCAGUUGUUGAUUCAAUGUCCCUUGCUGCUCGUCUGAUUGCUGCUGCCAGGUGUGGCAUUCGGGAUGAUUCGGCAGUUAACUUGCUUGUCAUGAGUCAGCAAACUGACGGCAGUUGGCCCCCCGGAGCUAUAUACAAGUCUCCACAGUCCGGUCAACUCUGCUAUCACCACGGCUUGACGACAGCAUGGGCCAUCCAGGCUAUUAGAGAUCAGACAGCACUGGCUCUAAAUGAAGUUUGUUGA